AUGAAGCUGGGAGCCUCCUCCAGCGCCGCAUCGUCGACACGACUCAAAUCCUCGGCGGCAAAUUCUGCUUCUAGCAAGCUAGCGCUCAUUCUUCAGCGUCGACAGUAUGAUCUCGCUCAGUUUCCUACGCCUCAAUGGGUAGAAAGCAUACAGACGUAUUUGGACACUCAGAAAACGGAUGGUACCUGGCCAGAUGUCAAUUACGCUUCGGGAUGUACGGCUCAACGAGCCAACUGGCCGAUCCAGCUGCACUGGGACAGGUUGAUCACACUUGCAGCGGCAUGGACAGGACUCAACCCGGCCAUCCCCUCCAACUGGACUCAUGAUACCGCUUUACUCUCAGCGACUCAAAAGGGAAUGGACUGGUGGUUUGAAAACGACUACAAUUCGACAGACUGUAUUGGCGCUGGAGGUUCUGGUUCUUGUCCCUGUGGUACGCCGGGACUAUGGAAUACCAACUGGUUCGAUCAGGUCAUCUUGAUCCCCCAGUUGAUGAGCACUACAUGUCUUUUGAUGCAGGAUCAAUUGACCGAUUUCGAGCUGGACGGAUGUAUACGCAUUGUAAGCAGGCCAUACGACAGGUCCAAUGGAUCCAUAGCCGGUGUAGGUGUACUGACGGGUGCCAACCUCAUCAACGUGAUGCAAAAUUCAGUCUCUCUGGGCUUGUACAGCAAUAAUGCCAGUAUCAUCGACGAUGCAUUCAAUCGAGCGUUCGGAAGUGUGACUUUCUCCAAUGCCCAAGCGGAGGACGGGAUUCAUCAAGACGGUUCCUUCCUGCAGCACAAGGGAAUUCUGUACAAUGGCAACUACGGCAAGGAUCUGAUCAACGCCUUUGUUCAACUCGAAGGCGAAGCCAAGGGGACUUCUUACGCUGCCAAUGACUCCACCCGAGCGGCAUUUGCAACCGACAUCCGUGGCAGUGAAUGGAUGAUAUUUGUUGACAACAGCACAGGUAGACAGCUGUGGGACUUUAACGUUGUUGGGCGGUUCGUGGCCUUCCCUUCCUCUGACAAUCAGGCAAACUCCGACAUCAAUUUCAACGUUUCGAAACUCGCCAACGCAGUCUCCGACUUUGAGGAACCCUACAGCCUGAACGAUACGAUAACGAGAUUGGAGUCCAACGGGACGGAAAAGCUUAAUGGGAACAAGGCAUUCUGGGCCAGUGACUACAUGGUCCAUCGACGGGAUGGUUUUGCUCUAGGGAAUAAGAUGUUGUCGAACAGGUCGAGGAACACAGAGUAUACGAACGGUGCCAAUCCGUAUGGCUUCCAUUUGGGUCAAGGGACUCUAUUCACCUAUAUCAGUGGAGAAGAAUACCUCGAUAUCAUGGACGCCUGGGAUUGGAACCUGAUACCUGGGACGACGGCAUUACUCAACUUUCCGACACUUGGACCGGAGAACGUGGACCAAUCUGGCAAACGAGAUUGGGUCGGAGUAGUCUCAGAUGGCUGGGUUGGGACAGCCGUAGAGGAUUAUUUGGACCCUUAUGAUGGAAGCGUGGCGUAUAAGAAGAUGUGGUUUUACCUAGACGACUGUGUCGUCAUCGUGACCACUGACAUACAGAUGAAACCUAAUGCCUCGUCAAUCGUGCCAUCCGAUACACCCCUCAUCACGGUCCUGAAUAACCAAAAGGCGACCGCUGGCGGCGUAUGGAUUGACGGUCAACAAGUGGAACCUGAUCCUUCGGGUACAUCGUACAACGGCACCACUCUAUAUUAUAGCAAUAACGGUUAUAUCGCCCUUGGGAACGACACCUUGUCUCUCGUCGUGGCGGAAGGCAAUAGGACUGGCAAUUGGUCUGCCAUCUCCACGUCGACACUGGGCAACACGACGGUGCCCAUUUUCUCAGCUUAUACCAUCGUCCCGACUACGAAGACCUCAUCUUAUGCCCUGUACCCCGCCACAUCGCCCGAUGUCCUACAGUAUGCGGCGGAGUAUCAACCGUACACCGUCAUCGAUAAUGCAGACGGAAUCAUUGGCGUAGCCGGCAUCGAACGUCUUUCAUUGGUCUUUUGGCCAGGCUCAGCCGGGAACACGACGUUGGAUCUUGGGCUCAUCGGAUGGGCAGACCAAGGCCAGAUCCAGAUCGCUUCGUCUCAACCUGGCGCCUACCUCUUCGCCACAGGAGCCAAUGAUGACGACACAUAUCUAGUGGUGACCGUGGCUGAUCCUAGUCAGUCCUUGGAGAGCAUCGAGUUCAGUAUAUCAAGCCAAGCCUUGUCCGUGCAGUGCACGCUAGAUGCCUGGUAUGGGUGUCAGUCCACGCCAGGUGGCGUCGCUGUGAACGUGACAUUGCCCAGUCGGGGGCGCGUCGGCUCGUCCACUUUCGUCCAGCUUAACUUGCUUUGA